CUGAAAUGAUCAUCGUCACUGUCUGUGUGUUGUGUUUUUUUUCUGUCUCUCUCUCUCACGUAACAGCAUCGCAUCGUGUUUAAAUUUCGGAGCUUUUUUGCUGCUGGUGUCGGUAGGUGCCGAUGAUGAUAAGCAAAGUUAAAAACGCGAUGUCCACUUUGGUGGGAGGGAUGAUGCCACACGGACACCACCACAAUCAUCACUCAGGUGGAGGGCAGACCUGCGGACCGGACAGCCUGCCGCCUCGCUUCCCCUACGGCCGGCCGGAUUUCUUGGACCUCACCCCGGAGCUCCUGCAGUACUCCACCGAGCACGCAUCACGGCCGGUCCUCACGUUAAAGAGAGGCAGCAGGCUUCCCUGGCAGACGGGAUACGCAGAGGUGAUCAAUGCGGGGAAAAGCAUGCUGAACGAGGACCAGGCCUCUUGUGAGAAACUGUUCGUGAAGAAGCCGACCGGCAAACACCGCAACUCCACUCUGCUGGAGGACAACGGGGAUGGCACAGGAAUCCCUCUCCAGUUCUGGGGUGUGUUUGAUGGACAUGCAGGUUCAGGAGCUGCCAUCAUGGCCUCCAAGCUUCUUCACCGCCUUAUCAGAGACCGUUUGGGAGAAAUCUGCCACUUGCUGGAGAACCCCAACAGUGCGCCUCCUAUCUGCCUGGCUAAGAACGGCAGCCCGUACCAGGCAGAGACGAAGAAGGGAGCUGCACAGGAACCAGAGGACCCCGAUGCUGUCAGUGAUUCCGCAGUGCGCUUUCACAUGGAGAAAGUUGUCAGUUUGGAGAGUCUGGUGAUGGGAGUCAUAGAGACCGCCUUCAAACAGAUGGAUGACCUAAUUGAAAAGGAGAAAACAUCUUAUGCCAUCUCUGGUGGGUGUUGUGCCUUAGCUGCCAUGCAUAUGAUGGGGAAACUCUAUGUAGCCAAUUCUGGAGAUAGCAGGGCUAUAAUCAUCCGAAAUAAUGAAGUUGUUCCCGUGACUAAUGAAUUCACACCUGAGUCAGAGAGACAGCGGCUGCAGUAUCUGGGUUUCCUGAGGCCAGAGCUUCUGGGUAAUGAGUUCACUCACAUUGAGUUCCCCCGGAGGAUUCAGCACAGUGAGCUGGGCAAAAAGAUGCUCUACAGAGACCACACCAUGACUGGCUGGGCCUAUAAGACAAUUGUUGAAGAUGAUCUGAAAUUCCCCCUGAUAUACGGAGAGGGUAAAAAGGCACGCGUCAUGGCGACAAUCGGAGUGACCCGCGGGCUGGGAGAUCAUGACCUGAAGGUGUACAACUCCAACAUUUACAUUAAGCCCUUCCUGUCAUGUGUCCCUGAGGUGCAGGUUUAUAACAUGGAUGAAUACAAACAUGGCCCUGACGACGUCUUGGUCAUGGGCACAGAUGGAUUGUGGGACGUCACAACAGACAGGGAAGUGGCAGAUGCUGUGUCAGCUUACUUAUCCUGCUGUGACCCCUCUGAUCCCAUGAGGUAUACACUGGCAGCCCAGGACCUGCUGAUGAGGUCAAGAGGAGUGCUGAAAGAGCGCGGCUGGCGGCUACCCAAUGAGAAACUGGGCUCAGGUGAUGACAUCACUGUAUUUGUCAUCCCACUGGCAGGGCACGAGUCAGAGACAUGACGAGGUGCUGUGGUGACCGCUAUGACAGAGCUGACUCGUCAGGGUCCCUCCAACCUCCUUAAACCCCGAACCGACGGGGCAGCGGGAGAAGAAAACACCUUUGUCAUAGGUAAGAUUCGGGUAUGAGCAGCACCUUCAUCAACCACUAGACCGGACCCAGCCCGGUGUAGUGGUUGCUUCACUUCAACCCGACCCAGGAUCAGUCAUCCAUCUCCUUCGGUUGGUCUGUCAUGUAACAAAAGAUUUUCGGUGACAUUGUAAGAGAAGUCGCACUCUUUCUCCCAGACCUAUUGUUUGUGACGGUUGCCAGUGAGAAUUAAAUCCUUGUAGUAUUUUCUUUCCUGUUUUCCGAUGCUGGACCGCUACUCAAACUUUUGAAUGGACUGUGCAUUUUCAUGUCAUGAACCUGAAUGUGACUCCCUUUUUAAAAAAGAAAAAAGAAUCCUCCUGCAGUUUCACAGUCAUUAUUGUAAAGGGGAUUGCAGCAUGUGAGGAAACCAAAGAGAUGCCUUUAUGGCAUGAGGAUGGAAAUCUGUAAAAAUGAAUGAAUAAAACAUAAACAAUAAGAGAAAGAGAAAGUCCAUUAGAUUCAUGUCUGUACAUUAAAUACGCAUGGAGGUUUUACUUAACUAAAAACUGAAGAAUGGACCUUUUUUUCAGCGAUGGACCCAAACGGUAUCAGUUGAGUCUGUAUUGCCGUAUUUCCUUCGUUAAGGAGGAAUGAACAACGACACCUUAGGCACUUGAAGAAUGUUGCACAUGCUGUGUGGUAGCCUGUUGAUUUGUGACACGGUGUAUAUUUUUAUUGAAUGUGCUCAUAGAUUGAUUUAUUUUCAUUGUUACAGGAAAGAGAACAGAGGGUCAAUCAUUUGUUGAUUUUUUUUUUUAACUACGUUUUCUUUUGUUUAACCCUCAGAGGAAGAAAAGUAAUGUGUUGUCAUAAAUGUCUUGGUAUAGUAAGAUGUGAUAAAACUUCACACAUAUGCCUUAUUAUAAAAGAUGAAAGGGACUUGAGAGUUUUCUUCUUCAGAUGCACUAAAUUUGAUCCUUGUAAAAGUGGCAAAAAAAACAACCAUUGUAUGCCCUUACAUGUACCAUAUACCUCUUUUGUACCAUUUUUGUUAAUGUCAUGUUGUUAUUUGGAUUAUCCAUAUAUUUUUAAAGAAAACUUUGGUUGUAUCAGAAGUUUUAUUUUCAUGUUUCUAUCCAUAACUGUUACUUUGGUGAGAUGAUUUGUCCUAGAA